AUGUCCUCUGCAUUGGAAGGCAGAUUCUUAAGCACUGGACCACCAGGACCAUUGCUCGGGCCCACAUUCAGAGUCGGAGACGGUCAGGCUGAGGCAGGACUGACCUUUGGUAACGUCAGAGACCGCAGCUCCUGUCCUGUAGUGCUGCUUAGUGUGGUUUUCACUUCCACGGUCAUCACGUGGGCCCAGGUGGCAGCCAGGAGCCCCAGCCAUCCCUUCCCUAUUCUAGCCAGAAGAAAAGGGCCAGCCCCCUUCUCUGGGGGACAGUUCAGAGAGGUUUCACUCAGCACCGUGGCUUACAUUCUUCAGGCUGUUGUGGAGUAA